UUGCAAGGCAUCAGCAUGCAUUAUGAAAACCCAUGGACAAUCCCAAAUAUACUUUCUAUGGCAAGAAUUGGUUUGGCUCCAGUUUUGGGUUAUUUGAUUGUUGAAGAAGAUUUCAACAUUGCUUUGGGUGUUUUUGCUCUGGCUGGGAUAACAGAUUUGUUGGAUGGGUUUAUUGCACGGAACUGGGCCAGUCAGAAAUCUGUUUUGGGAAGUGCCCUUGAUCCGCUAGCUGAUAAAAUUCUUAUCAGUGUCCUGUAUGUCAGCCUGACUUGUGCAAAUCUUAUUCCAGUUCCACUGACUACUUUGAUCAUUUUAAGGGACAUAGUGCUAAUUGCUGCUGUUUUUUAUGUGCGAUACAAAACACUAUCCCCACCAAGAACACUUAGUAGAUAUUUCAACCCCUGUUAUGCUACUGCACAGCUAAAACCAACUUUCAUCAGCAAGAUGAACACAGUAGUUCAGCUAAUCUUGGUGGCAGCUUCUUUAGCAGCUCCUGUUUUCAAUUAUGUGGAUAGCAUAUAUCUACAGACUUUAUGGUGCAUUACUGCUUUCACAACAGCAUCGUCUGCAUACAGUUAUUAUCAUUAUGGUCGGAAAACAGUCCAGGUAAUAAACAACAAAUGAAAUGUUACAGAAAGAAUCAUUUCAUCACAUCACUGUUUUCUAUACCGCAAAGGAUGAUAUAAAUGGCCUAGGAAUAAGAACUCAGUAUUUUUCCUUACGACAGUUGUUUCAGUUCAAACCAUGUCAUGACAACUGGACUGAUAUAUGAAGUAAAAAUGAAGUCUGAUCAUGUACUGUAAAUGUAUUGAAUUUUCAAUGUAUUUUUGAAAGUUAUAAAUAAAAAUAUAAUUGUUUUAAAAAAAAUCACCUUAAUGUUCUUAAAGGUACUUACAAGACUCAAAAUGCAUGACAACCACUGGUGACUUGUAUCUCUUUUUAAAUUGCUUUUCAGAACAUAAAGUUUGCACUAGCGCUGUUGAUUAAUUCCAGUUCACUCACGCGAUUAAUGCAAAAAAAAUUGUGAUUUAAAAAAUGAAUCCUGAGUGUUCAGUUUUAAUCACAUUGUUAAACAAUAACAUCCUAAAUGAAAUUUGUUAAAUAUUUGUGGAUGUUUUUCUACAUUUUCAAGUAUUUUGACUUCAGUUACAACACAGAAUACGAAGUGUAUGGUGCUUGCUUUAUAUUUUUAUUAUAAAUAUCUGCACUGUAAACAGUUUUUCAAUUCACUCUAGUGCAAGCUCUGUAUUGUCAAAGUGCAGUUUACAAAUGUUUUUUUGUUGUGUAACUGCACUCAAAACAGUGUAAAACUUUAGAACCUACAGGUCUACUCAAUUCUCCUUCUUGUUUGUCUUAGUGUUUGGCUGAAAAAAUUCGUUCACAUUUACAGGAGAUAAUGCUGCCCCUUCCUAUUUACAAUGUCACCUGAAAGUAAGAAUGGGCAUUUGCAUGGCACUUUUGUAGCUGGCAUUGGGGCAGGGCAGCACAGCUUCACAGGUGAUUAAUCAGCCCCACCCAGUCAGAGGCUCAGGGCUCCAUGCAUCUUAGAGGGAAUACUGAUUGCAAGCUAUUUAUAUGCCACAUAUGCUAAACGUUUGUAUGCACCUUAUCCUUUGACCACCAAUCCAGAGGGUAUACUUCCCUGCUGAUGAUGCUUGUUUGGAAAAAAAUGUGUUAAGUUCAUGACUUGAACUCCUUGGGGGAGAAUUGUUAUCUCCUGUUCUGUUUUACCCAUGCUGUGCCAUAUAUUUCAUGUGACAGCAGUCUUAGAUGCUGAUCCAAUAUGUAUUUUAAGGUGACUUUCACUGCAGAUUUGACAAAAUGCAAAGAAAGGUACCAAUAUGAGCUUUCUAAAGUUAGCUAUAGUACUCAACCCAAGGUUUAAGAGUCUGAACUUUUGAGAGGGAUGUAGUAUGGAGCAUAAUUUUUGAUGUCUUAAAAGAGCAACUCCAAUAUCGAAACUACAGAAUCUGAACCACCAAGAAAAAGAAAAUCAGUCUUCUGCUAGUGACAUCUGACUAGACAAUAAAAAUGAACACGCAUUGGUCCAUGCUAUUUUGGAUCAUUAUUGAACCUGCUAUCACUAUAGACGCAUCCUCUGAAAUGGUGGUUGAAGCAUGAAGGGACACUUUUUUUUUUACUGUAUAUGGCAUGUACGUCUCUUGUGAUGCAGGCUGUGACAGUACUAUUUGAAUAUCUGUUCUUGUUUUCAGGUGACAGGUAAACGAGAAGUAGGCAGGAUUAUGUCCUGCAAAUGUAAAUACACUUGUUUAUACGAGUGAUUGGCUGAACAAAAAGUAGGGCAGAGUGGCUUUGUAACAUUGUGCACUUUGUAUUCUGUGCUAUAACUGAAUCAAUAUUUGAAAAUGUGGAAAACAUCCAAAAGUAUUUAAAUGAUGGUAUUCUGGUAACAGUGCAAUUAAUUGUGAUUUUUUUAAAUAGCUUGACAGCCCUAGUAUGCAUGCUUCAUGCAGAAAGUGUGCUGAUGAAGCUCCUUCUCAGAUUUAGUACACAUGGAGUUAUAAAGACAAACUCUGGUAUACUAUCACAAGACAGAAUCACUUAUGAUGUACUAACUAUUACAGUUUUCUGCAAAGGAAAGCAUUAAAUCACAGCAGAAUGGUACCGUCAGAACUUAAAAUCCUUGGGGGGAAAAUCACUUUACGUUUUCAUUGUGAUAUCAAUAACACUGCCCAUAUAGUAUGAAUUAUUCUCUUCCGUGAAAAUACUUAGGUAACUAUCUGACCCAGAAAAAAGAUAGUGACAUUAGGGCUCAUGGUAUAGUGUCACGUAUGUAGAUAAAUUGACUUCUUAAAUAGAGACAUGUUUCUAGUACUGCUAGUUGGUGGUGGUUGGGACACCAAGGCACUGAACUUCCUGAAUGAGCUGUGCUGUGCAAUUUUAAAAAUGGCUUGGUCAGUUUGAGAUCUUGGAGCAGAAAUUUCAACAUAUAUAGAACUGGAAGAAAUCAAGGCAUUUUAAAUGCUUGUCCAAAUAAUUGAAUUAACUAGAAACAGUUCAAACUGCAUAUGUGGUGAAUGUUUCUUCUAUAUCUCUGACUUCAUUCUUCAUUUAGGCAUUGCUAUGAUUUCACUUACCACCUGUGAUCAAAGAAUAGGGCAAAACUAUUUAAAUGCCUGUUCAUUGCUUAUACGCUAAUCACAAAAAGCACAGGACAAGGGAUUUCACAUUAACGGUAAUAAAAUCUAAUUAUUUAAUACUUUGGAGCCAGAGAUCUGGUGUGUUUUGCAUAGUAGUAAAGAAUUGAGGUGUGAAGAGGGAAUAUAUGUUGUACUGUGCUGCUUUGUUACCAGCAGUAAAUUUACUGUAGAUCUGUAUUGAAUUUGAGGGGAUGUGGUUGUAUGUGUGUGUAUAAAACCUUUACAUUUUGAUCUUUAAACUCGUAUAGAAAUGGUUAAUAGACAAUGUUUUACUUUUAUUCAAUACCUUUCUCUUAGCUAUUACCAUAUACAGCAGUCCAAAUCUGUCGCCUUUGCAACAGAAGGGUAAAUAUAAAAUAAAUCCUAUACAUUUUAAUGUGCAUGUUUAGUUAAUUGGGAGUAUUGUAUUUCUUCAGGAACACAGUUUUACACUGGAGAGAUGACAAAAUCCAUUCUCUUCUUCUUCAUUCCUACAUCUCAAGUUUUGUGCAGCACACUUGAAUGUGGUAUUCCAGGAAGGAAUAGCAAAAUGUUGAGGUUACCAACAGAUCAUGUCAGCUUGGAAAUGCCUCAUCAGUUUUUUAAUAAAAUGGUGACACUA